ACCAGUGCUAGGGAUGGCUGUUCUUUAAAUAGACGGGCGUGGAACAGCCGUCAAUAGCUACCUUGCGAUGAGGUUGGUGCAAGUGCUUUCGUACCUACGUGUCACGCAUAUGUUUACGUAUACAUUCUUGUAAAUGACAGUAGUAGACUGAUGACACGUUGAGGAGUGAGUCGACAUCUGUCUAUCGCGCGUGGGUUGUCGCCGCUGCUGACAGCGUCUGUGUGCGGUAGUCACAUGCAUACAGACGAACGCGCGUGUUUUGUGUGAGGGCGUUGCCCUGGAUACGAAGACAACGGUGGCGUCGAAAAUGGCGGCGACCGCACUGAAGACGCCGUUGUUGUUGACAUUGUUGUCAGCGUUGUCAGUGCAGUUCGCUUUGUGUCAACAAGUGCCAGGUGGUGGCUACUACAACAGGGACGGAGUGUUCGUACCACCGACCCCCGGGGACCCCAACUACAGGACUUACGUGCUCAAUGGUCGUCGUUAUGGCCUCAGCCAGCCGCCUCCUGAGUCCGCGUACGGCUACGACAGGAACAGGCCAGGCUUCGACGACAGAUACCGGUACCAGCAGGACAACAAUGGCGUGCCGCUGCCGGGCGUGCUGGCGGGCUGGCGGCCGGACCUGCAGGGCAAGGAGCGCGCCGACUCGCGCCAGCUGGAGCGCGACGUGCUGGUGGAGACGAGCUACGGCCAGGUGCAGGGCUUCCGCGUCUAUCUGUACGACAACCCGCUGCCCGAGUCGGGCUUCUGGCCCGGCCAGACGCCCGUGGAGCGCGUGCAGGCCAGCGUCUCCGUCUUCCUCGGCGUCCCGUACGCCAUGCCGCCCGUCAACGAGGGACGCUUCAAGCCACCAAGAGCACAUCGAGGCUGGCAACUUAUACAAGCUGUGGACUUUGGCCCUGCUUGCCCACAGCCAAUACAGUACAUAGGAGCAACAAAAGGAAUUCGCGACAUGGAUGAAGACUGCCUGUACUUAAAUAUAUAUUCACCAACAACAGCAUCAGGGAGAGCACAGCCUUUUCCUGUUAUGGUUUAUAUACAUGGUGGAGAUUUUACCAGUGGUGCCUCAAACUUAUUUCCCGCUCAUAUGAUGGCUGGUUUUUAUGAAGUGGUUGUAGUGACUAUAAAUUACAGACUGGGAGCUUUAGGUUUCUUGAGCACAGGAGAUGAAAACUCACCUGGGAACUAUGGUAUCCUAGACCAAGCAAUGGCCCUAAAUUGGAUAAAUGACAAUAUCAGGUUCUUCAAUGGAGAUUCUAAAUCAAUCACUCUGUUUGGGCCUGGAGCAGGGGCAGCAUCAGCAGGAUUGCUUAUGGUGGCACCCCGCACAAGAAACCUAGUCAGCAAAGUGAUCGCACAGAGUGGCUCUGCAUUGGCUGACUGGGCAUUCACCAUAGACAAAUACAGAGCACAAAACACAAGCCGAGUAUAUGCUCAGCACAUAGGAUGCAGCAUUGAAACAUCAUGGAAACUGGUCAAUUGUUUGAAACAGGGGCGUUCCUAUAUUGAUCUUGGAAACAGCAAGUUCCAGCCUCAGGUUGGUACCUUCCCUUGGGCUCCGGUAUUGGAUACUAAUUUUACUAUGCCUGGUGACAGCUGGUAUGAGGGUUGGAAAGAAAGAGAUUGGAGAUUUCUCUCAGAAACACCUGAGUCUUUAAUCAAAAGAGGUGAAUUCAAUAAAGGUUUAAGCUACAUGACUGGUGUUACAACCCAAGAAGCAGCAUACAUGAUAUAUGAUAAUGACACUUUAGCACCUUACUAUACUGUGGACAAUCAAUUCUUUGAUCAAAAAAUAAGAGAGUUGGUUUUUCGUUAUAACUACACUUUAAAUCCUGAAGGAAUAUAUCAAGCAAUUAAGUACAUGUACACCUAUUGGCCUGAACCUAACAACACCAAUUAUAUCCGUGAUCGCUAUAUUGAUAUGAUGUCUGAUUUUCUGUACAGAGCACCAACAGAUAAAAUAGUGAAGUUACUUGUUGACAGAAAUGUACCCGUAUAUAUUUAUGUUUUAAACACAACAGUGGAGGCAUUCAAACUUCCUCAGUGGAGAAAAGUACCUCAUAAUAUAGAACACUACUUUCUAACAGGAGCACCUUUUAUGGAUGUUGAAUUCUUUCCAAGAAAACCACGCUUAGAACGCACCAUGUGGACACCAAAUGAUCGAAAUAUGAGCCAUUUCUUCAUGAAAGCUUACACUAAUUUUGCAAGAUAUGGGAACCCAACACAUACACAGAUCCUGGGCCUGCACUUUGACAUGGCUCGUAGUGGCCAGUUGAAGUAUCUCAACCUCAAUACGACAUACAACUCAACAAUCAUGCUCAAUUAUCGACAGACUGAGGCCGCAUUCUGGACUAAUUAUUUACCAACAGUCAUUGGUCGCUUACUUCCAACAUAUCCACCAUACACAGAGUUUUGGUGGGAACCCAAGGAACCACUGCAGAUAGCUUUCUGGAGUGUUUCAGGUGCUUGUCUGUUACUGAUUGUCAUUGUAGUAAUCUGUUGCAUUCUGUGGAGGAAUGCCAAGAGACAAUCUGAUCGUUACUAUGGGGGUGAUAUCAUGCUACGAGACGAAAUGGGAGACACUCAUGAAGGAAUUGACAACCACAGUGCUACAAAUGUGUACGAGUAUCGAGAUACACCACCACCUAAACAAAAACAAAAACAGCAGCUCAAUCACUAUGAACAGAGGAGGAGUGCUAGUACUCCCUCAUUAAGGACUGGAAGUGCAAUAUCAUUGAAAGACUCUAGCAGUUUUACAACUAGCAGUCCAACAGGUGAACCACGAAAAGUUCCAGAACAAAGAAAUACACCUGUUGUUCCAAGGAAGCCGAAAACUCUUUUGGGAGAAGAUGGUGUGCCACAAACACAAGUUUAAAAUGGCAGUGCUACUGAAUUAUAUACGUAUGAUCUCAUAAGAGUUAAAGCCAAUAAUCAUUAGAUGAUUAGAAACAAAGCAAAAAUAUAGUACAAAUGGCAUCUGAUGUUUCUACUGUUAAACUUCACUUUAUUCUUUAGUGAUGUGUGAAGUAUGAGAUAUACAUCAUAUAGGUUUAGUGAAAAGAAACAGUCCUUACAUGUCAUCUGCACAAGUGAAAACUUUUAUUCUUUUAGAGUGCCAUACAGCUUUUUGUCAGCUAUGAUGUAUUUUGUGCAUACUAUUAGUUACUCAAGCUUUCAACAAGAGGCUUUACAUACAUGAAGAGUUGGAGUGAUUCCUAUGAACAUAAAGACUGGUUUUGAAAUAUUUUUAAGCCUCAAAUUCUGAACAGUUGGAGUACUCCUGCUAGUUAAUAUUGCAACAGCAUUCCAAUGUAUUGUUGUUCAGCAUAUUUUAACUACCAGAAAACCUGAGCAAUGUCAAAGAAAUUUCAUUCAACUACUACAUACAAUUUUUGUGAUGCAUCCAUAGAUUCUAUACAGACAUAGUAACAUCAUAUUCUUACUUAAAUUUACGACCCAUUUUCAUAUUCAAUUUUAAGGAUAUUCACUCAGGUUCUGUGAAGAAUUUGCCCUAUACAAUAUCACUAUUUAUAAUCCUUUUCGUAAUGUGUCUCAUCAGAAAUAUUUCCUUAUUUUUUGUUUUGAUCCAUUCGGCCCUUAAAAUAAAUAGACUCUCAGAUUUAUGUUGGAAGUAGUUGGACUGCUAGUUACCUAACUGUCGUAAAUUUCUAGAGUAUUCAGUUUUUACUUUAAUUUCACAACAGAUCACAUGCCAGACCCUCUUGGACUGUAUUCUAUUUCUUAAAAUGUGAGAUAAAGUUGCGCAAGUAGCAUUCGCUGGCAUAAUUUGAUAAUAUUUGUCUCUUGAUACAGUUAGACACUCAGAUUUAUGUUGGAAAAAUUUGGACUGCCAGCUAGGGAAUAGUGAUAAAUUUUUUGAAAAAUCAGUUUCUUUUACAUUCAACUUCACUAAAUAAUACAUUCAGCACCAUCUCAACUUAUUUUACAUUUCAUAAAAUGUGAGACAGAAUUUUGCAAAUAGUGCACUGUCAUAAUUUGGUAAACUAUUGAAUAUUGCACUUUAUCAGUAUGCAAGGAUAAGAUGUAUGGAAAAAAGUUAAUCACAGUUUGCCUAUUCGUGACAGAAAGCUCUAUUGGCCAAUGUUAACUUGAGAUGAUUACCUCAAAUGAUGGGAAUUUAAAAAAUAAAAAAAUAAAAAUAACUGGUGAAUUGAAAACUAAACCAAAAUAUUUGAAAAAGGAGACUGUAAUACAAGAAAUAAGAGCAGAUGAAAAAAUUAAAAGAUGAAAUACUUUUAAAAAAUAUGUAAUCAUUUAAUGUAACUUUACAUAAACACUCAGAGCUGUUGAUCUGUUUCUCAGUAUGUACUCAUAAUAAAAAGAAAUUCCUUAGCAAGCCAAUUUCAACAAGUAUUCCAGUGUCCAUAACAAACUGUCACUUUAAAUCACACUGAAAUUGCUUUAUUAGUUGAACCUCAAAUAGAUUUUAAUUUUAUGAAAUUGGAGAUGAAAUAAUGAAUAGUCACAGAUCAUAAGUCAUAAUCACAUGUGUUUCAACAAUAUAAGGAAAAGGGUAGACUGCUACUCAGUGUAAAGAUGAUAUACAGUGAGUGUCAUCUUUAUGGUGUGUGUGUCAUCUUUAUGGUGAGUAAUCAUCUUUACAGUGAUGAGUAGCAAUCUAUCCUUUUCCUUAUUUUGUUGAUAUUCUAACUUGAAAUUUCCAUUGUUUCACAUGUACUUCAAGUGCAGAUAAUUGUAUCAUCACCAUAUAUUUGCAUUUAAUCAACAUGCAUGCUUCUAUGAUUAUUAAAGGCCAACUUUGUAAUAUACAUUUGCAAAUGAAUUAGAUAAUCAAAGGUUCUCUGCUUCAUACAUUAACUAAAGACAUUUUUUUAAUAAUGGAAUAAGUUGCUUACAGUUCAGUUAGUCUAGUCAGAAUGUUGUUGAUGCACUGAAACAUGAUAUUUAUAAUCAUAAAAGCAAAAGAAAAAGCUGUCAUCUAAGAGAGGCUAUCAUAAUUUUCUCUUAGAAAGAUAAAGAAUGGAUCAGGGAAGCGAUGCAACUAUUUUUUUUAAAAAAGAAAAGAAUGGAGAUAUUUUUGCUUUCAAAAAGAGCACAUGCAAGGGAAUAUUAACAUAACAUUUUAAGAAGCUGUGAAAAUGUAAAAUACUGAGACAAAAUGGCAUUGAUGUGUGGAAGACAAUUGUCAGCUUCUCAGCAAAAAAUAAUGAUUACAUCAAGAAAGACGAGCUCUGUAGGUUGGGCAGUUUGUGUUAUCUUUUCCCAGAAAGUAUUUAUAUGCAAUGGAUAAGUACUGUACUGUAACAGAAAUAUAAAUAUUGUACAUAUUGGAAGAUUGUUAUUUAGCACUAAACAGCAUCCAAAAGAUAGAAUGGUAUUUGCAUAAUCUUCAGAAUACCUAUUCUGAGGACUUAAGAGCUAAAUACAAGGUGAAAAUGGGUAGAAAGUUGGCAGAAAUUCAAAUAGAAGAAGUGAUUGAUACAGAGGUUGUAGAAUCUGCAGCUCCUUAAGCUAUCUGGAUGUAAUAGAGCUAUAAAAUGUUCUUAUUUAAGUUUUUUAACUGGUUCCGUCUGGACUUAGUGGAAUUUCCAUCCAUCUCAGCAGAACUGACACUAGUGUUAUAAUGUGUUUUCUCCUUCAAAACACUGUGUAUCGCUCAUAUAAGUUGUCAGAAUGAGUUUGGUGAAUGUGCCUUUUUCAAAAAAAAAAAAAAAAAAGGCUCAGAAUUUGAUUUGAAAGUAUCUAUCAGUAAAACUUCAAAAGAUACAUUUUUGCAUCUCCAAUUAUGUAUACUGCUUUUGAGAAAUUUCAUAGGGAGUUCUGGUAUACAUACGUAUACUCUUUGUGUUACCUUUUCAAAAUAUUUACAUGUCUUUGAAGAAACGGAUUCAGUGAAUAUGAAGCAAGUUUUCCAGAAUUGAAUAAAAUUCUUUUUUGCUGAUACACUAUAACUGACAUGGAAUCUGUAUUUCAUAAUAGCAAAACACCAGUGAUCAGCAGCAAGCAGCUACUUAAACUGGGGGGAGGGGGGGCUGAUUUACAAUUCUCUUCCUAGUUUUAGUUACAGAUACAGAAGAACAAGUGCAAAGCAUUGGUUCAUGUAUAGUAAAUAUCCAGGAUAAGUUUCUAGAUAAUUUUUAGAGUGACACACAAAUAUCAGGCUAAAACCUUGAUGAUCCUAACUUUUCAGUAAUUUAGCACUACUUUUGUGGUAUUCAUCUGCCUGUUGGAAACACUGCUGCAUUGUUGUCAUUACUGUGAAGGUAGAAAUUACUUGCACAACUAUGGCAAAGCUGAGCAUUAUCUGUCCCAAAAAUUAGUCGCUGACUACUUAUUACUUUAUUUUAAAAAAAAGGACAAUAUUUAUGUACAAAAGGAACACAACACUUAACUAGGCUCUUUCACUGUGGUUUACAUUUUUAUCUUAUUAUCUGAAAUGCUAGAACAAGUUUGGUACACAGAGAGGUAAACAGAACAUACUUUUAGUAAACUGUGCUUGUCUCAGCAGUAAAAGAAAAGGAGGGGUGUCUUUUUUUUUUUUUUUUUUUUUUUUUUUUUUAAUUGAUGCUAAUGUACUAAAUCAAUCCCAGUGUAUUGCCUACUGCAUAAAAUUGAACAUUACACAUGUGAGAUAAGAAAUCUAUUUUUUUACUGUAAUAAAUUAACUAUAAUGACAAUGUGAACUGAUCAUGUUAACGUAAAAUUUAGAAAGUUGACACUUCAACUAGUCCAUUUCUAAAUAAAACUGAGAACAAAUUUUGAGCUGUUUACACUCAUUUUCUUGAAGUGUACAUAAUUAUGGAAGAAACAUUUGUCCUGCUAGCUAUCAUGCCUGCAGCAUACUGCAGAGGACCCAAAUUUUAUUUAUCUUGCUGAUCACUCCAUACGCAGUAGUCAAGCAAACUGUGCAAUCAUGUUUCAUAGUCAAACAAUGCAUGGAUAUUUUUUGUGCUUAUUUAUGUUGGUUUCAGUACAGUGUUAAUCUGGAAUAUGUACUUUUAAUGACUGAUAAAAACCUUCAAUUUUGCAUAAAUUGCUGCUGUAAUGAGUGAGUAUACUUUUUUAAAAAAUUACAAGGGAAACACUUCUUUCUGGAACAUUGUAUUUAUAUAUAAAUAUAAUUUUAUUUAGUAUUUAUAAAUAAUAGUGUGCAUGUGAAUUUGUGUGAAUGUGUGUGCACUAUUUUGUACAUAUGUGUGCACUCUGUAAUUUUUUCUUUUUGUGCCUGAACAUAUCUCUUGGUUAGAGGAAGUGCCAAGGAUCCGUCCAUUCCUUAAAGUCUCUGUUGAUUGUUCACCUAUGUUAUAAAAUUUUAUAGUUCUUGUUUGUAUAUACUGAUAACUGUUUUUGUACUUCAAUAAAAUGUUUUGUGUGAAAA